UUUUAGAUGAGUAGGCCUACAACCAUGAUAUUGUACUGAUAGUUUUGAAAUAUUCAAUCUGCGAAAUUCUAUUUUUAGCUUUGAUAUUCAGAGAUGUUUUACGGUCAGACGGUACUGUGAUUUUAUAUGGCAAUCAAUAGUUUGUUGAGUUUCAUAGAUAACCUUAAAAAUACGGUACGUACCGUACAGCCUCUUACCAUACGUUGUUACGGGUGAUUCCUUGAAUUGUCAAGAUGCUGAUGUCAGUUAUUGAAGUUAACCGAGGAAAAUUGGAAACAAUAAAACAUUGUGUUAGCGGGAUUUCUGCGAUAACACAAGAUCUCACAAAACUCUGCUUCUAUGUCACUAUAUUAGUGGUCCUAUCGUCAGUUCUAUUCCAGUAUGUCAGAGUUUUAUAUACAAAAGAGCCCCAGACUGACUUACCCAGCUAUUAUACGGAAUACAGUGGUUUUAAUGGGGAUAGAUCCCUAGAGACACAAGAGGAAAAUCAUUUUGGUCAACUUUUACCAAAAGAAUACUUACUUGAACAAGAUACUGCUGACCAAUCUCUAAAUGAUUUACCAGGAGUGAAACAGUCAAAUUUUUUAACCAGGCGGCUUGUGCGAAAAACUAGUAACUACAGAGAUGCAAGACAUGAAGAGGCAGUGAUGUCUUUGAAAAAAGCAAAGCAACUGUCUUCUAAGGGAAAUAAGAAACUUGCCAUAAAACUCUUUCAACAUGCUCUUGCACUUGAGCCGGAAUUCCCAGAUGCCCUCAAUGUGUAUGGGGAAUUUUUAGAAGAUGAUAAUAAUAUCAUGCAGGCAGACCUUCUAUAUCAACGAGCAUUAACUUAUGAGCCCAGUCACAGUACUGCUCUUGCAAAUAGAGAACGCACUUUACCUAUCGUUGAGGAGCUGGAUAAAAAUAUGCUGAGUGAAAUUGACCAAAAGAAGACUGAAUUAUAUAAAUAUCCUCCUCACAAUAACAACCUGCGGAAAGCGAUGAAAGAAUUUUACUACCAACAUAUUUACCACACUGUUGCAUUGGAGGGUAACACAAUGACAAUUGACGAAAUAAGAGAAAUAAUCAAUUCACGAAAUGGUAUUGCUGGAAAAAGUAUAUAUGAACAUAAUGAGGUUAUUGGAGUGGAUGAAGCUUUGAAAUACCUCAACAACACCUUAUUACUCAACAUUGGCUCCGUUACCGUUGAUCAAAUCAAAGAAAUACACAAACGUGUGAUUGGAUUUGUUGAUCCACUAAAUGCUGGAGUGUUCAGGAGCAACCAGGUUUAUGUUGGUAAGCAUAUCCCCCCACAUCCAAGGGAGGUUCCAAAGUACAUGGAAGAGUUUAACGACUGGUUAAACUCGGAAGAAGCGGAAAGACUACACCCAGUUGAGUUUGCUGCACUUGCCCAUUACAAACUGGUAUAUGUGCACCCAUUUAUAGAUGGAAAUGGCAGAACAUCUAGGCUCCUGAUGAACCUUAUUUUAAUGAGAAGUGGUUUCCCACCAGUGUCUAUUCAGAGUAGGACAGGAUGGCCUGACCCACUUCAGGCUGGACAGUCUUGCAAUGUGAAUGUGCUGAGCACAUGGUCCAUCACUAAUACAUACAAUAUAUGUGAAAUGAAAAAUUACAAAGUCUAUUUUGUAAUAAGUGGCAAAAUGAUUAAGAGUUGCACCAGUCCAACAUCCAGUUGAAAAUAACAGUAGAAUAAAAAGCUUGCGUCUUUUCAAAUUAGCUUAAAUAAAUUUGGCAAGAGGUAGUUAUGCAAUAUUGAAAAUACUAGCAAAAUAAGGUUAUUUUGAGUGAAUAAAAAAAUAUUGUGCUUGCAAUAAAGUAUUAAAUAUUUAUUGUGAAUAUCCCCUUUCAAGGUGGAUGAUAGAUGGGAAUAUUAUGAAGCGUUGGGAGCUGCUAAUGAAGGUGAUCUUCGGCCGUUCAUUCGAUUCAUUGCCAGAUGUGUAUCGUUUACUUUAGAUGAUUACUUAACAGCAGCCAGAGGACUUUUGCCAUAUC